AUGGCCCACAGGAGAGCGGCGCCUCACUCCGGGGUGGAAUUGGACCACGCCUAUCCAGCCUCCCGCACCUCAGCGACCUACCUACCCGAUGAGUUCGAGCUGCGGGAGACGGGUACGCGCAACGACGAAGAGCAAGGCCAGGACUCUGAAAACGAGCAGCUUCUCGACCCCAACCUACCAGAGGUCGACGGCACCGGGCGUCUCCGCACCUCGGAGGAGGAGGAUGGCGUCAGCGCCAAGGGGGAAGAAGGAGAAGGAGAAGACGGAGAAGGGGAAAACUCCCCGUACCCGGAAGUCCGGGCCGCCGUCAAGAACUACGACGAAGACCUCCCCUGCAACACGGUGCGCGCGUGGACCAUCGGCCUCUCCCUCGUGGUCCUGGGCGCAUCCAUGAACACGCUCUUCUCCCUUCGCCAGCCGUCCAUCUCGAUCGGCCCGCUGCUGGCGCAGAUCAUAUCGUGGCCCCUGGGCCACGGCUGGGCCGCCGUGGUCCCCGACAAGACGUUCCGCGUGUUCGGGCACGCCGUGGAGCUCAACCCGGCGCCCUUCAACGUGAAGGAGCACACCGUCAUUGUCGUCAUGGCCAGCGUCGCCUUCUCCGUCGCCUACGCCACCGACAUCAUCCUCGCCCAGCUCGUCUUCUACAAGCAGGACUUUGGUCUCACCUUCCAGCUCCUCCUCACCAUAUCGACGCAGUCGCUCGGCUAUGGCAUUGCGGGCAUGAUGCGCAAGUUUCUGGUAUAUCCCGCCUCCAUGAUAUGGCCUGGUAACCUCGUUGCCGUCACAGUCCUCAACGCCAUGCACGAGACGGACGAUAGGAGGGACCCGACCGUCCUUGGCGGGAGCAUGUCCCGCUACAGGUGGUUCACCAUCAUCACCGCCUGCUCGUUCUUCUACUACUUCAUCCCGGGCUUCUUCGUCCGCUGCCUCAGCGUCUUCGCCUUCGUCACAUGGAUGGCCCCCCAGAGUCCCGUCGUCAAUCAGCUGUUUGGCGGGGAGACCGGUCUCUCCCUCUUGCCAAUCACUUUUGACUGGACCCAGAUCUCUGGCUACGUCGGGUCGCCGAUGAUUCCUCCUUGGCACGCCAUCGCCAACACAUUGGUCGGCGUGGUCUUCUUCUUCUGCUCCCUCUCCGCCAUCCUCCACUUCAACGGCGUGUGGUACGGCGAGUAUCUCCCCAUGAGCGACUCGAGCACCUACGACAACAUGGGCAACCACUACGACACGUCUCGCAUCCUCACCCCUGACUUCUCCCUCGACGAGAAGGCUUACAAGGAGUAUUCACCACUCUUCAUAAGUACAACAUUUGCCAUGUCGUAUGGACUAUCAUUUGCCGCCAUAUCAUCCCUCGUAGUCUACACAUAUCUACACAACCGGAAGCAAAUCUGGAAACAGUACAGGAACAGUGCGGGUGAGAAGCCCGAUAUCCACAUGAAGCUCAUGAGCAAGUACAAGGAGGCACCGACGUGGUGGUACAUGACGCUAUUUUCCCUUAUGCUUGUCAUGGGCUUCAUCACUGUGCUAGGUUACCCAACCCACCUCACGUGGUGGGCUUUCCUCUUGGCCGUCGCCAUCUCUUUUGGCUUCUCCCUACCCAUUGGUAUCAUCGAAGCCAUUACAAACAACCAGAUCGGCCUCAAUGUCUUGACAGAGUUCGUCUACGGCUACAUACAGCCUGGUCGACCUCUUGCUCUCAUGAUGUCACAAGCCUUGGGCUUCGUCGGUGACCUAAAGCUAGGUCAUUACAUGAAGAUCCCACCUCGGACGAUGUUCCUAGCGCAGGUGGUAGCCACGACGCUCUCGUGCUUCAUCCAGGUAGUAGUCCUCAACCUGGCCCUCAACAGCAUCCCGGACGUGUGCGAGCCCGACCAGCCGGAGAAGUUUACCUGUCCCGGUGGACGGGUCUUCUACGCGGCGUCGGUCAUAUGGGGCCUCGUGGGUCCCGACAGGAUGUUCUCUCCGGGACGCAUAUACUCCGGACUGUUCGCCUUCUUCGUCCUGGGCGCCGUCGUGCCGGCGGCGGUGUACUUUGGGCUGAAGCGCUGGCCUGAUUCCCCCCUCCGCUACGUCAUGGCACCGCUCAUCUUCGGCGGCGCCAGCGCCAUCCCGCCGGCCACGCCGCUCAACUACCUCUCCUGGGGCAUCGUGGGAUUCGUCUUCCAGUACUGGAUCAAGAGGCGCCACUUUGGCUGGUGGAGCCGUCUCAACUACCUCACGUCGUCCGGGCUGGACCUCGGCCUCGCCCUGGCCACCCUCUUCAUCUUCUUCGCCUUCACCAUGAACGACGUCGGGCCCCCCAAGUGGUGGGGCAACACCAUUGUCGAUAGCACUAUGGACAUGCAGGGCACUGCAGUGCAGAUGCAUGUGCUCGACGGCGGGGGGGCGCAGCGCUUCGGUCCCGAUACAUGGUGA